AUGGCUGAACUAUUGCCUUCAUCUCUCUCUGUGGAGAACGUUCCUGUGACCGACCCUUCAGACCUGGCCACUCUCUGCAAAGCUGUGCGAACUCAAGUCAGUGUUGGAGUCGACCCAAAUCGUCAUAGGGAGUUGUCAUUUUCCAUCCCAGCAAACGUCGACCGAGAGCUUCUCAUCGAAAGGCUUUUAGCAUACCAGGAAAGCCAAAAGGGGUUCACUCUCAAGAUAACUAUCGACAAGGCCAAACUGCGUAUACGCCAAUUCACGACUCCGAUUUCCCGUGCAUGUGCCGCCAACUUCGCGGACAUGGUUCAGCAGCAGGCUACCUUGCUUGCCUGGAAAACCGGUGCUAUGUCAGAGCUGGAUCUAACUCGGCGCACCUUGCAUGGUUCAGGAGGCAUGCACAAGGAGGGUGAUAACAGCAUCCAGCCUGAAACGCGUAAAUUGUCUGACUUGCCGUCAUUGGUCGUAGAGGUUGGGUAUUCUGAGAGCCUCUCGGAGCUCUAUCGUGACGUGGAUGAGUGGAUGCUGAUGAGUGCGGGACAAUGCUACUCAGUCAAACUUAUUGUCGCGAUCAAGAUAUCCUCAGACUCUCUCAGUCCGAAUCAGAGAGUAUUAGUCGAAUUUUUUGAGCGUGCCUCGCAGGUUAACAGUGCCCUCCCCUAUCAUGCAUCCAGGGUUCCGAAUUUGGGACCACUUGAGUGGAGCUUGGACUCGAUAACGCCUGAAAACAUAACCGGGCUUGACAUUCCGUUGAAGUAUAUCUACGACAAAAUUCCUCCCGUUUUUGUGGGUCCAGACCUCCAUAUCGACGCCGUUUGGAUGCGGCCAUGGGUCACCUCUAUGUUGUCUAGCAGAUGA